GCCAUGGAGUCGGUGGCUCUGUACAGCUUCCAGGCGACGGAGAAGGACGAGUUGCCCUUUCAGAAAGGGGACACCCUGAAGAUCCUCAACAUGGAAGAUGACCAGAACUGGUACAAGGCUGAGCUGUAUGGAUGUGAGGGCUUUGUCCCUAAAAACUACAUCAAGGUCAAGCCACACCCGUGGUACGUGGGCAGGAUCUCCCGGCAGCUGGCAGAGGAGCAGCUCCUCAAGCGCAAGCACCUGGGAGCCUUCCUGAUCCGCGACAGCGAGAGUGCUCCGGGGGAAUUCUCCAUCUCCGUCAACUACGGGCAGCACGUCCAGCACUUCAAGGUGCUCAGGGAGAGGAACGGCAAAUAUUACCUCUGGGAGGAAAAGUUCAACUCCCUCAACGAGCUGGUGGAUUUCUACAGGACAACCACCAUCGCCAAAAAGCAGCAGAUCUUCCUCCGGGAUGAGGACCAGACCCAGGAG